CCAAACGACAUCGUUCGAGCUCAUUUUCUAAGCCGCACUGAGCAGUAUUGAACCGCUGCAACAGAGAAGGAAGGAGAGAAAUGGCAGGCGCCGGAAAAUGCUUGCUUGUGACUGGACCUCCGGGUGUCGGUAAAACCACUCUAAUAGUCAAAGUCUUUGAAACCCUAAAAUCCUCGUACCCUAACUUAAAGAUUCAGGGAUUCUACACCAGUGAGGUUAGACAAGGAGGUGACAGAGUUGGCUUCCAGGUGGUUACAUUAGACGGCCGCACCGCUCCGCUUGCUUCCUCAACCAUUUCCAGCCCAGAAUCGUUGAGAUGGCCCACUGUGGGGAAGUUCAAAGUAGAUGUCGCAUCGUUUGAGUCCCUUGCAGUUCCUGAGUUGCAGGUAAGAGAAGAUACUGACCUUUUUGUCAUUGACGAAGUUGGUAAGAUGGAGUUGUUCAGCUCAUCUUUCUUCCCGGCUGUGUUAAGAGUGCUGGAAUCUGAUAUUCCAGUCUUGGCGUCAGUUCCAGUUCCGAAAGUUGGCCGUGAUAUACCCGCAGUUGCAAGGUUAAAGAAUCAUCCGGGUGCAACAAUUUUUACACUGAGCCAAAGUAACCGAGAUGCCACUAAAGAAUUGAUAUACUCCCAAUUGGUAGACUUACUGAAAAAACAAUAGUUGUUGGACAAUCAUUGGUCUUUGACUCUUUGUUGUUUCCACCUCUGGUAUCAGCUUGUAGAAUUAUUUUUGUUAUGUUGGUUAUACUUGAUGGUGCUUAAAUGCAUUUAAUAGGAUUUAAACUAGCAUUUGUGUACUCGAUAAUGCUAUUCUGUUACCGAGUUUCAAUAGAAUCUUCUUUCGUCGUGUUUCUAGCAUCUUAGAUUCAAGUGAUAGACAUGAUAUUUGAAGAUGUUACUUGUUUUGGUAAAAACGUUUAUGAUCAUUUGGGUAAUUUACUUCCAAAU